AUGAGAAUUAAGAAGAAGAAUACCAGAGGUAACGCCAAGAAUUUCAUCACCAGGACUCAGGCGGUGAAAAGACUGCAGGUUUCCCUGGCUGAUUUUAGAAGACUGUGUAUUUUCAAGGGAAUCUAUCCGAGAGAACCAAGAAAUAAGAAGAAGGCUAACAAGGGAUCCACCGCACCAACAACAUUUUACUAUUUUAAGGACAUUAAAUAUUUGAUGCAUGAGCCUGUAUUGGCAAAGUUUAGAGAACACAAGACAUUUGCUAAAAAGCUAACUAAGGCAUUGGGCAGAGGUCAAGUUUCCGCUGCUAAAAAACUGGAAGAAAAUAGAAAACCGUAUCAGCUGGAUCAUCUUAUCAAAGAACGUUAUCCUAGUUUCCCGGAUGCAUUGAGAGAUGUCGAUGAUGCUUUGAACAUGUUGUUUCUCUUUGCAAAUUUGCCUGCUACAAGUAAAGUAUCUUCUAUGCUUACGAGACAAGCGCAAACCAUAUGCAAUCAAUGGUUAGCAUAUGUUGCUAGAGAACGCCUCUUGAGAAAAGUUUUCGUUUCCAUUAAAGGUGUUUAUUAUCAGGCAGACAUUAGAGGUGAAGAAGUAAGAUGGUUAGUACCAUUCAAAUUUCCAGAGAAUAUGCCAAGUGAUGUUGACUUUAGAAUUAUGUUAACGUUUUUGGAAUUUUACUCUACUUUUCUGCAUUUUGUCAUUUAUAAGUUGUACACGGAUAGUGGAUUAGUUUACCCACCAAAGUUAGAUGUUGAAAAGAGCAAGAUUGUAAGUGGUUUAGCUUCAUACAUUCUGGAAAACGAAGAUGAUCAAAAUUCUCUAUCUGUUAAUCAGCCAGAAUCUUCAACCUCUGAUGCCAAGACCUUGGACGCAGCUACAUUGAUUUCGGCAAAGAAACUUGACGAAGAGCAGAAAGAUGAUGAUAACGAAGUAAUCGAUGAUGAGCAAGUCGAAACUACAGAACUUGAUACCUUUGAAGAUAAUACUAAAAAUAAAGGGGAUGAGUUGGAACAACCAAGCAAUUUCGGCUCACCCGUAGCAACAUUGUUUUCAGGUUUCGUUUUCUAUGUGGGCAGAGAAGUUCCUAUCGAUAUUAUUGAGUUUUUGAUCUUAUCUUGCGGUGGAUCUGUUAUAAGUGAAUCUGGUUUAGAUCAACUUGACUCCAAAAAUGAGAUCAAUUUAUCGAAAAUUACGCAUCAAAUUGUUGACAGGCCAGUAUUGAAAAACAAGGUACCCGGUAGGACAUACAUCCAGCCGCAAUGGAUCUUUGAUUGUUUGAACAAUGGUGAGCUUGUACCAGCUAAUUUAUACUUACCAGGUGAAUCCUUGCCUCCACAUUUGAGUCCAUGGGGUGAUAAGUUUGGUUACAAUCCUACUGAGAAGGUCGAAGAAAACGAUGAAAGUGAGAGUGAAAGUGAAAGUGAAAACGAAAUUGAAGCUGAAGAACAUGUUGAUUCUACAGCUGCAGUUCCCGCAGCCCCUGUCGAUGGCGAUGACUCUGGAGAUGAAGAUUUGAAGCGUCAAAAAGAACUAGAAUUGGAAUCAAGCGGUGUCACAUAUACCGCAACUAACGAUGCUGAUGAUUCCACGAAAUCGAAAUCAAAGAGCAAAAAGAGAAAGGGAGUAAGUGAAGAUGACGAGGAGAAGGACUUGAAGAUGAUUAUGAUGAGCAAUAAGCAACGCAAACUAUACAAGAAAAUGCAGUACUCAAAUGCUAAGAAGGAAGACAAAGUAGAACAACUCAAGAAGAAGAAGAAGCAAAUUUCCAAGGCAAAGGAUAAGUUAAAGAAAUUGGAAAAUAAACAGUAG